AUGUCCGCAAGAUCAAUAGCUAAAAUCGUUACUGCUAGACAACAAGCUGAAGGUGUUGGUGCUAGAGUAAGAAGAUCAAUUGGUGUUAUUAAUCAAAAAUCAUUCAACCCAUUUUUAAUGUUUGAUCAUUUUUCCAGUUCUGGUACUAAUGGGUUCCCUGAACAUCCACAUAGAGGUCAAGAAACCAUUACUUUGGUAUUACACGGAGCUAUGGCCCAUGAAGAUUUCACUGGAUCAAAGGGUAUCUUGUAUGCUGGUGAUUUACAAUUCAUGACUGCUGGGAAAGGUAUUGUCCAUUCAGAAAUGCCAGUUGCCAAUGAGGAUGGAUCUCCAACUGUUGGGUUGCAAUUGUGGGUCGAUUUACCAGAUGCAUUGAAGGAUACUGAACCAAGAUAUAGAGAUUUGAGAGAAUGGGAGAUCCCACAAGUAGUCACUGAUGAUGGUAAAGUCACCAUCAAGGUUAUUUCGGGAAGAUCACAUGGUAUUGAAUCAAUCAAAGAAUUGGCUUAUACUCCAAUCAACUAUUACUAUUAUAAAGUUAAAGCUGGAGGUAAAUUCAAACAAGAAUUACAGCCAGAAUUCAAUUACUUUUUAUAUGUUUUGAAUGGUAAUGAUCUUUAUUUGAAUGGUGAAAAGAAGAUUGAUCAAUAUCAAAAUGUGUUUUUUGAAGAGGAAGGUGAUUACAUAACUGGUGAAAAUAAGGCUACAGAAGAUAAUAAAGACACAGAAGUAGAAUUCAUAUUGGUUGGUGGGAAAAAAUUGGAUCAAAAGGUCGUUCAUUACGGACCAUUUGUUGCUGAUUGUGAAGAAAAUAUUGAACAUGCUAUAAUAGAUUAUCAAUAUGCUCAAAAUGGAUUUGAAAAUAGAAAAACAUGGAAAACUUUGAUUAGUGACGGGGUGACAAAAGAUAUGAUUGAAGGUCCAUUGGAUGGUAAUCUUGAUAAAAGAGAAGCAACCAAGAAAUCAUAUUUGGAAUCCAAACAAUAA